AUCUAGUGGACGAAACACUUCAACAACAACAGCGAGUCAUCCACCUCGGUAGCCAACAUAGCUGAAAGAUUCAAUCUGUUUAGACUCUUUCGGUGUAUAUUAGCCACUAUGUUUUAAAUACACUUCUGUCGGCUUAUGCCGUUUAGCUAGUUACCCCCUUUAAUUCCUUAUUUACCUUGCUAGUAGCUAGCUGGACCGCUAACAUACCCGACCAUGAGGUCACUAAGCUACUCCCCUCCUGCUGAAGAAGAUGAGGUCUGCUGGACAGAGAAAGAAGCUCUGGGGCUGAACAUUGUUGUGAAAGAGGAGGAUGUCACAGUAAAAAAAGAUGUAGAGGGUGAGGCUGUUACAGUGAAAGAAGAAGAGAAAGACGUUUCAGUGAGAGAAGAGGAAGAUUCGUUCAGAGUGAAAGAGGAGGAGGAUGUUACAGUAAAAGAAGAGGAGGCAGAGAAAGAGGGGGGUGCAGUUUUCAGAGGGAAAGAGGAGGAAGAUGUUACAGUAAAAGAGGAGGAGGAAGAUGUUACAGUAAAAGAAGAAGCGGAGGCACAGGAGAAGAUAACUGUCACAUCGAAGGAGGAGGAGGAGGCGACUAGGGAUCUUAUUAACAACAGAGAGAGACCAGACUCUCCUUCUGAGAGCAGGAAGAGUCAUUCAGGGGAACCAGACCUUGAGACAUCCAAAGCAGCAGAACGACAUCAAUGCUCCCAGUGUGGAAAGAGUUUUACUCAGUUAGGGAGCCUGAAAACACAUAAGAGAAUACACACAGAAGAGAAGCCUUACCACUGCUCCUUGUGUGGAAAGAGUUUUCGGUGGUUAGGGAGCGUGGAAAGGCAUGAGAGGACACACACAGGAGAAAAGCCUUUCCAAUGUUCCCAUUGUGGAAAGAGUUGUACCCAGUUAGGGAGCCUGAAGGAGCAUGAGAAAAUACACACAGGAGAAAAGCCUUACCAAUGUUCCCAUUGUGGAAAGCAUUUUGCCCAGUUAGGAAACCUGAACCAGCAUGAGAGGACACACACAGGAAAAAAGAUCCACCACUGCUCCCACUGUCGAAAGAGAUUUACCCGGUUAAGGUACUUGAAAGAGCAUGAAAGAAUACAUACAAAUACACAGGAGGAGAAGACAUACCACUGCUCUCAUUGUGGAAAGACAUUUUCCCCGUCAGAGGACCUGAAAACACAUGAGAGAAUAGAGAGGCUGUGUUCUGACUUGUGUUUUUGACUGAGAAUUUGUGUUUUUGUUUGGGCUGUCAGACAUGAGAACUUUAAUUGCGAUUAAUCCAUUGUCUGAAAGGGUUAAAAACCCACUGAAAACAUCCAAAAUACAUUCUGUAUACCGCUAAAAUCUACAAUGUCAUGUACAAACAAGAUGACAUUGUAAUGUUUUUAAGGUAAAACUGCCUUUAUUUUUGCUGGACCCCAGGAAGAGUAGCUGCUGCCUUGGCAGGAACUAAUGGGGAUCCAUAAUAAACCCCAGGAAGAGUGGCUGCUGCCUUUGCAGGAACUAAUGGGGAUCCAUAAGAAACCCCAGGAAGAGUAGCUGCUGCCUUGACAGGAACUAAUGGGGAUCCAUAAUAAAUACAAAUACUUUUAUCAAUAUAUUUGCGUCUCUUUACUCUCGGAUUCGAAAAUGCUAAUUAGCAUCAAAGUAGACGACAUGCAAGACUACAAAUCCCUGCAAGCUCCUGCAUGUCAUCUCUAGCCGACACCUUUCACAGAACAGUUCACUGAAUUGUCCAUUGAAAUACAUUUUGACAAUUUAAUCAUUGCUACAUAAAGACCUGAUUGAUGGAGUGCUGCAGAGAUGGUUGUCCUUCUGGAAGGUUCUCUCGUCUCCACAGAGGAAAUCUGGAGCUCUGUCAGAGUGAACAUCAUAUUCUUGGUCACCUCCCUGACCAAGGCCCUUCUCCCCCGAUUGCUCUGUUUGGCUGGGCGACCAACUCUAGGAAGAGUCUUGGUGGUUCCAAACUUCUUCCAUUUAAGAAUGAUGGAGACAACUUUGUUCUUGGGGACCUUCAAUGCUGCAGAGAUUUUUUGGUACCUUUCCCCAAAUCUGUGCCUCGACACAAUCCUGUCUCCGAGCUCUACGGACAUUUCUUUGGGACCUCAGGGCUUGGUUUUUGCUAUGACAUGCACUGUCAACUGUGGGACCUUAUAUAGACAGGUGUGUGCCUUUCCAAAUAAUUUCCAAUCAAUUGACUUUACCACAAGUGGACUCCAAUCAAGUUGUAGAAACAUCUCAAGGAUGAUCAAUGGAAUCAGGAUGCAUCUGAGCUCCAUUUUGAGUCUCAUCGCAAAAGGUCUGAAUACCUAAGUAAAUACAUUUGCAAAACUCUCUAAAAACCUGUUUUUACUUUGUCAUUAUGGGGUAUUGUGAUGUCAUUAUGGGGUAUUGUGUGUAGAUUGAUGAGGGGGAAAAAUUAUUAUAUUUUAGAAUAAGGCUGUAACGUAACAAAAUGUGGAAAAUGUGAAGGGGUCUGAAUACUUUACUUUUCUACCGCAGUUUUGUACACGUUCAAAUCAAAUCAAAGUUUAUACACUGUCAUGUGAUAUGUGAUAUAGAAAAGUCCAAUCUUAGGAGAGUAUAUGGGAGGCACUAUACGGUGUGUCUGCAGGUGUUUAUCUGGUCAAAGCCACUGAUACAGGUGCCCCUCCACCCUCUGGUGGGAUGGAUCAUGUAUACAGAGAAACCUAGAUUCAAAUACUUAGAUUUGUGUGUAUUUGGUAUAUGUUGUGAAAUUGUCAGAUAUUACUUGUUAGAUAUUACUGCACCGUCGGAGCUAGAAACACAAGCAUUUCAAUACACACGCAAUAAUAUCUGCUAAACAUGUGUAUGACCAAUAAAAUGUGAUUUGAUUUGAAAUAAACGUCCUAUUUAUCAAGGGUGCUGUUGGCUGGGGUCAAAAUGACUCCAAAGGAUUUUAAUUUGUUAAAAGUCAAUUUUGAUACAGAAACACUAAACCAUGAUUUAUUUUUACUAACAACAAGUUGAUUGACAAAGUUAUGAAACAUUUAAUAGAAUUGAAUAAACCACAUUUUGGCAAUGAUAAAAGAUAUGCCUCUGGGGUCAAAAUAAUCCAUGUUAGAAGUAUGGUUCAAUUAAAAUAUGUAGUGGGUGUAAACGUUUG